AUGCUGGGACUCGCUCGCGGCUUAACGGUCGUCCUUGCUACCACCGUGCUCAGCACUAAAGCCCUAGCCCAGCAGGAGAGGAUCGCCCCGCUCGGCUUCGAGGUCUCGACCAAGGACCUGACGCAGUGCGGAAACGUCGUUAUCCAGUGGCAGAAUGGCAACCCACCGCUGUACCUGACUGUUAUCGUGAGUGUCCUUACUUUGCUCCGCUCACACCAGCCCGCAUACCAUGUCGCAACCAACAUCUCCAUCCCCGAGACGACGCAGAACUCGACAGGUGGCAAGUUCUCCUUCGCCUUGCCCUACCCCGAAAGCACCAAUCUCACCUUCAUCCUGUCAGACCAGGACGGCUUUGCGAUAUAUCAAGUCGGAGAGCAGAAGCACGGCGACGUCUGCGACAUGGUCAGCACCUGGUCCCCCUUCCAGUUCGACAUGACGCCGUCAACGACGAUCGCGUAUGAGUGCGAGAACAUCAACUUCAUCUGGGACCAGAGCUUGGUUCACGACGGUAUCUUCGUCACGGGCGUGAUUCCGAACGGAGAGGUCAUCCAGUGGUACACCGAGUCGGGCAAGUCACGGACAGGGUGGACCGUCAACAUGCGCGCGGGGACGCAGGUUAUCUGGGCGAUGUGGGACGGAGCAGGCAAUCAGGGCGGUACCAGUGACGUGUUCACGAUCGGUGAUGGCAGCGACGAGUGUCUGAGCUUGCCAUACAGCUCGACGCCGGUAUGGGCCCCGACGCCAGUUGGCUCACGACCGACAGAUACGGCUUCGCAUCGCGGAGGAGUCGUUACCGUCACCGCCAUCAACUCACGGCCAAAGAACGCGGCAGACUUGUCCGGCGGUGCAAUUGCGGGCAUCGUCGUCGCCGUCGUCGUAGUCGUACUCAUCAUCCAGGCCAUUCUCGUCUGGUUCUGCUGUCGGCGGCAACUGUCAACCUACCUCGAGAACCGGAGACAGCAGCGCGAGCGCCGGCUCAAUCCCGAAGUCGACCUAUUCGAGGCUAACGGCACGGGCAUGUCGAGUCUCGGCCGACACACCCGCAACCAAGGGUCUGGUGGCUCGAACCCGUUCGACGACCAGGCCGCGACUGUCUCGCCCUUUGUCGGAGGUUCCGAGUGUCCCAGUCCCAUCAGCCCGGUGGGCACCAACACCAACAGCCAAAGCCAGAGCCAGAGCCAGAGCCAGAGCCAGAGCCAGACCCACCUCAGCCCCAUCAGUCCAGCCAAUCCGACGUACCAGUCCUACUUCCUCACAUCGGCGGGCUCGAGUUCAUCCGUCGCUGAGGAGUCGGAGCGCUCCAUCAUGGCAUCGGCCGGAGGAGAGUCGACGCGCGCACCGUCAAAAGCGCAAAUGUCCACUACAAACCCGGACGAUGGCAUGCUGUCGCCCCUGUAUGCCGACCUGCCGCCACCGUCGGCGCCGAGAGGAGGGUUCCGACGACACCAGGAUGCUGGGCGUGUCCGAGUUGAGCCCGAGGUUGAGGACCUGCCACCAAACUACGACCCUGAGUGGGAGAGGGAACGUUCAUGA